AUGGCUGCUGCAUCCUCGUUUUCAUAUGCUCAGGCCGCGAAAGGCCAGGGCACACCAGCGCAAAGCCAAGCUGCGAAUCAGUCGGCUGCCUCAGAAAUGAACGGAACAGACGACGCUCCCAGCGCCCCAGUCGAGGAGAAAUCCUCCAGCUCGCAAGAGCCCUCCAGCCAAACGGCACACUCAGCGCCAUCUACCGAUACCUCCACAACCAGCGCCGAGAGGCAUGAUAAUGACAGCGUUUCCGCAGUCAGCGAGGCGCAGACGACCGAGUCCGCCCCCGAGAAGCGCCCAGAGGCAAAGCGCGACGGAGAGGUCAGCCGGUUAGAUCAGCCUUGGAGACAGGCAGAAAAGAGUGCGCGAUCGUCGAGCGCGGCUACCCGCUCAGUCGAUGAGCAGGAUUCGAGGAGGCAGCGCAAAGGCAGGAAAGGCAAGCCGGCAGAGAAGCAGGCCGGCGACGCGACUCCCAGCUCAGAGCAGAGCAAAGACGAGCCCGAGGCGCCCAAGAUCGAACUCUCGGAGGCACCUAUCCCCACAGUCAACAUCUGGCAGCAAAGAAAAGCUGCGCAGGUCAAGCCAAAGUCAGAAACGCCAGCCACGGCAAGCUCUGUGCCCAUUGACCAGAAUGCUGGCCCCAAGCCCGCUGCAAACAACAGCAGCAAUGCCAAGAGCACCUCCGAUGUCAACGGAGUCAAGCCUGCGCCGCGCCCUGCUGAGAAGUCGGAGCGCAACGGCAGCCGUGGCAACCGGAUCCCUAUCCGUGAGACCCGUGAUCCCAAGGCUGGUGCCCCUCCGUCGGUAGCUGAUGCCGUCUCUUGGCCUACGCCCGAGACCGCCACCUCUGAGGAGCCGAAGAAGGUAGCUGAAAAGGCUGCCGACAAGGAAGUCAAGGACGAGAGCGCACCAAAGCCUCGCCAGAAGAACGAGUGGGUCAAGUACGAUUACGUGCCAACCGUUGCGUUUGAGACGCAACUCCCACAGAUGCGCAGCUCCAAGCCUCGUGGCGGCGCCAAGGGUACUGGUAGCAGCAGAUCAUCCACUGCGGCUCAGGGUGGUGAGAAGGCCACCGCUACUACACCGACCAAGUCCACCGAGACCAGAGAUCGCACCAGGGAGGCAGGUAGCGCUGGUGGUCGCAACUCCUCCCAGCCACCCGCCAGCAAGCGCGCCCCCACUGAAGGUGCUCCGGCUCGGGGCGAGCAGCGCAAGCCUGCUCACAACACCGCCGGAGACCGUGUUAAGGACGUCGCAUCUAGCCAGCAAACAGAGCAACAGCCUGCCGCUCGCGAACCGCGCAGUGAGCGCGGCCGUGGUGGAUACCGUGGUCGGGGUGGUCACCACAGUUUGAACGGGCACUCGCAGCACCAGAGUUCGUCGAACGCUACGGGUGCUUCGUUCUCCAACGGGAACAUGGGUAGUCGGACAUCGGGCCCUUAUAGCCCUCCUCUUCGCGGUGGACACGGCCAGGGUCAAAUGUACAUGCCACCCGCGCCGCGAGGCGGCCGUGGCGCGCGCGGUGGAAACAACUAUCACCGCAUGUCGCUCCCCAACGGUGGUACUCGUCUUCCUCCUGUGCAGACGCACUACGCUCCUUAUGACUACCAGAUGCCCAUGUCCGCCGUGGCCUACCCGCAGACACCAUACAUGGACCCCAUGCUUGCCGGCGUGCUGCUGAAGCAGAUCGAGUACUACUUCUCAAUUGAGAACCUGUGCAAGGAUGUCUUCUUGCGCAGGCAUAUGGAUGGUCAAGGCUACGUGCCACUCCUCUUCAUUACUGCAUUCAAGCGCAUGCGGGAGAUUGCCUCGGACAUCUCGAUUGUGCGUGCUGUCUGCGAGGCGUCAGAGGUCAUUGACUACAUUGUCGAGCCGGACGGUACUGAGCGUCUUCGCCGCCGCGACGGCUGGCAGACCUGGGUUCUCCCUACGCAGGAGCGCGACGAGCUGGCCCGCACCGAUGGCCCAGCCAAGGUCACCUACAAGAGCCGUGCCUACCAGUACCCCCAGCAGGGUCAGUUCAACGGGAUGCAAUCGCCUUAUGGCAUGGGCUCGCAGCAGGAAUACCACCAGCAGCAUUUCGCCGACGCACACAGCUACAACAUGGCGAACGGCAUGCCCAACGGGAACGGAGCCGCCACGCAGCUCUCUGCCGAGGUCCCCGACUUUGCGCCCGCUCAAGCUGCUGGACUGCCGAACGGGCACGUGUCGGCUGCCGCCGUCAAUGGUGUUGCCCAUGACGACAACGCCCAAGCCGCCGGGCUCUCAUGA